AAGGUAUGCUACCACAAAGUGAAAAAUGACAAACAUGCACAUCUUUGGUAUUGUAUUACAUACAUCUCACGAGAAUAUGUUCAAUCUGACCACGCAAUUUCAAGAGUCAUACCAACUCCCGAACCAUUCGACAGCUGCAUUUGGGAAAUUUCAAAAAGGCACAGUACCAACACAGCCUGGCCAACAUGGCCUCAAGGUGUCACUAGGUCAUAUUUGCAGACUUUGGACCCGGAACGAGAACACAAUAUUAAGUUAUUAAUUUAUUGCAAAGCAGGGUUGAUGGUGCUUUAUUGAUGAUGGACUUAACAACCAACAAAACAACCAACUAUGCUAUUGUGGGGCAGACUAUAUAAAAGCCAGGCACAGGGCAUGCAGUCACAUCAUCUUAGUCAAGACGAACCUUCUGUGUGCGCCAUUUAAAAUAAAAACAAAAAACAAUGAAGCUGCUCCUAAUCCUUGCAGUGCUGCUGCCUGCUGUGCACUGUGUGAUGUUCCAGCCCCUGGACUGUGCUGAUAUCUACAACGACGGCAAUGGGGAGAGUGGAGUCUACAGGAUCUUUCCAGAGGGUCCAGAGUCUGGACGCUAUGUCUACUGUGACAUGGACACAGAUGAAGGAAAAUGGACUGUGUUUCAGAGGAGAAUGGAUGGCACAGUGAACUUCUACAGGGGAUGGCAAGAAUACAAGAAUGGCUUUGGACAUGCAGCUGGAGAGCACUGGCUGGGCCUUGAGAUUAUCCACAUGCUGACUCUAAAGAAGAAAUAUGAGCUGAGAGUGGACAUGGAGGACUUCGAAGGGGCUACAGUUUUUGCCAACUACUCUUCCUUCUACAUCUCUCCUGAUGCGCUAAACGCUGAAGAAGAUGGAUACAAGCUUUUCGUUGAUGGUUUCGGAGAUGGUGGAGCAGGGGACUCCUUGGCCUAUCACAAUGGGCACAAAUUCUCCACCUUUGAUAAGGACCAAGAUGCAUCAGAUGCUAACUGUGCAUCAUUACUUUUGGGUGCUUUUUGGUAUGUAGACUGUCACAACACCAAUCCAAAUGGCAUGUACAUGUGGGGAGCAGACGAUCCAAAAAGUGCCAACUGGCAAAAGUGGAAAGGGAACAGCUAUUCCCUGAAAUCAAUCUCUAUGAAAAUAAGACCAGUGUCCCUGAGGGAUAUGUAAUUUAAUUACAAGGUUUUGCAGGUAUUCACCUAUCACACAUGGUCCUGAUUACAUGUACUGCGAGGUGUUAGUUGAGAAAGUUACAGAAUUGCCAAUUGAGUAUGUCAAUUAAAAAGAUUACAUUGUUUUGUAUGUACAGUACUAGUUCACUAAAUGUUGGCAUAUGACAUAACAUAUCUACAUGUUGAUGUACAGUAUAAAUGGUCUCCAAUAAUAAAAACAAAAAUAAUAUUU